CAAUCGACUGCUGCUCUGAAAGCACAACUAAUUCAAUUAACAUGAUGAUCAAGGUAUUAAUGUUAGUGACCGUCAUCGGCGCAGUGGCUGCCGAACACGCGUUCUCCUCUCAACACAUUCACAAGCACGACGGUCACCAUGAGACCGUACAUCAUCAUGACCACCACGGCCAUGAGCAUCACGAUUACUACACCCACCCGAAAUACGAGUUUGAGUACAAAGUAGAGGACCACCACACUAAGGACCACAAGAGUCAGCACGAGACACGCGACGGUGACGCCGUGAAGGGAUACUACGCGCUGCAUGAACCUGACGGUUCCGAGAGACACGUCGACUAUCACAGCGAUAAGCACUCUGGAUUCCACGCCACUGUUAAACAUAGCACCCAUCAUAUUGUACCCGAGAAGCAUCAUGAGCACCACCACCAUUAAACAUUUGAUAAACUUGUUAAGAAAUAUUACUUCUGUUAUUUUGUAUUAAUUGAUUGAUUUCUUAGAAUAUUUUUCAAAUAAAAUAUGUUAACAUUACAAAA